AUGGUAGCUUUUGAUAUUAUUAAGCAAUUUAGACAUUGCUGGCAAGUUCCUACUAACCAAGAAAAGCAGACAGAUGUCAAAUGUGUACCUCUCCAAGACUCAAAAUCAGAUACGGUGGACAUGAAGAGGCAAAGUGUACAGUCUUUGAGGAGACUUUUCGAGAAGCUGGCUGGACGGGACUGGAGUUCUGCGUAUCGAUUUCCGAGGAGAGGAGGUGGGCGGAGGGGGAGCAGCAAGAGCCAGCGCGGGUCUCCCACUCGGCCGGGCCGAACAGAAACAAACAGCCGAGCCCCAACUCACCCGCGGCUCCCUCCCCCUCCAGCCUCCACCCCCGGGCAGGAGGCGCAAAGCAAACAGGUCUCCGAAGCCCGGCACAGAGGCACAUUGUUCGCUCCUGCGGCUCUUACCUCGGUCUGCGAGCGCGCCCCGGGGGCGGGCCGUCUGGCGCGGGGGCCGCGCGGGGAGAGGAGCGGAGGGCAGCGGCGACCCCGGCCGCUGAGGGCCGAGGCCGGCUGCGCGCGCGGGUCGCCGGCCGCCGAGUCCGCGCCGGAGGCAGCGCCGCGGCUCGCCGGCCGGACACGGCGCCGCUGGUCGGCCGCCGCCGCCGCCGCCGCCGCCGCCUCCUCCUCCAGCCAAGCAGCCAGCGCCGGGCGGCUCCUGGGGUUAGGUCAACAUUUUCCCGCAGUUUCCCACACGCCGCUCCGCGAGAGGGGUCUUUUACACACGCGCGCACACCCCAGACCGCACGCUCCCUUAGAAAAAUCAAAAAUUUCGGAAACCAGAGCGAAAGGAGUGGCGGAGGUAAAAGCCCGACAGAGGUGCGCAGACUUGGGAGUCCCCUCGGAGCGGCAGCAGCGGGAGGGGCGGGCAGGCGCCGGCGGCGCGAGGCCAACGCAGUUUGUCAGGCGAAGCCCUUCAGCCCGCGGUCUGCGCGGGCCGGACUGGCAUCCCUGGCGCCGACCCUGCGGCCUGGGGCGGGAGACAGCGGCGGCCCCUCCUCACAUUCCGGGGCUCCGGGCCGAGGCUGAGCGGUGGCCGCUGCCCCACGAGAGGCUGAAGGCGAGGACUCUGGCUCGGGAAAGCAGGGAGGUGCACAGAAGAGCCACGCCACGCACAGCUACGGAGGGGAGAUGCCCCCCAACAAUCCCAAGGAAUUCUCCGGGGAAAGCGCGGACGCAGUCCCCCACUACCACAAAUUAUGCAGUCGAGUUUCCCACAUUUGGGGAAAUCGCAGGGGUCAGCACAUCCGGAGUGCAAUGGAUAAGCCUCGCCUUGGGAAAACCACCUUCGUGAUCAUGGUAUCUCCCCUGCCAGUGUGGUGUCCCCUUUUGCUGGGGAGUAAACAAAAACAGAAACAGUCAGUGAAGAGACAAACAGGCUCAGGAACUCACGUGCCUGACUAGCUGAUGGAUGGCAAGGUCUGGCUGUCAGGAGCGAGAUCUUCCCACCACACAACGUCACCCCGAUUUCAGGAUGCGCUCUGUGCCAGGCACGGUGGUAAGUGCUUUACAUGAGUUAGAAUCCUCCAACCACCCUGCAAAGGUCUUGUUAUCAUCUCCAUUGUUUCAGAUUAGGGAAUUGAACCUGGAGGAGAUGAAGUAUCUUUCUCAAGGUCAUUCAAGUAGUAAGUGAGAGAACUGGUCAGUAAACCCAAGUUUUUCUCAUUUCAGUGCCUGAAUUUAAAUGACUAAUUUGUAUAUUUUUUUCAUCUGAAAUCCUCUUCAUGCCACUCCUUAAAUUCUCUGAAUUAAAGGAGUAGAUUAUCAUCUUACCAUUUUUUGAGUUCUAAUACUCCAGAGAGUAUAUUUCCUCUGAUGCCUGUGGACUUGUUAACAAUUUUCUAAAAAUAGGGAAAAUGGAAGAGUUGCCAAGGUCACCCAUUAAAAGAAAAAGGAAAGCAGAAAAGAAAAUAUAUAAACCCAUAUAUUUUAUUGCAAUAAAUGAAAGUUAAAACUUGAGCCGGGGGUUAAGCAUUAAUUUUGGCUCUGGUUCUCUAUUGGCCUGUCUUAUUUAGUUUCCUACAAUAAUAAACAGUAUGCAGAAAUGCUCAUUGGAUGUGUUUUUUUAUUUAU